CAAACAUGGCGAUAUCACAAGCAGGCAAGAUGCAGUCCUCUCUUCGGUGUUCGUUUUAUUUAUUAGUCCUCUGGGUUGCUGGAAUUAACACGUCGACUCUUCGUCUUCACCCGGAGCAGCGCUACAUGCUGCCGCAGAAUAGAGGAUAUUUCACGAUACACGCAAAUGAGGAGUUACCGGACGGGGAUGGAGGAGGCGCCGCGGCUCGAGCGCUGCGACUGGCCGCUCUUGGUGCGGUGGAAGGCGGACGGGACUCCGGCGCCCUCCCGCUGCAUCGAAGCCGCCGGAGCGCUGGAGAAUCGACCAUGCCAAAGGUGUACGGACAGGCCAACCUGAACGACUCUCAUAACCAGAUGGUCGUCCACUGGGCUGGAGAGAAGAGCAACGUCAUCGUAGCCUUGGCUCGAGACAGCGCAGGAGCCACCGGGCCCAAAACCAGCUCUGUCUACGUGUCCUACGACUACGGGACCGCUUUCACGCUCGUCUCCGACAAGUUCCAGCUGGCAGGGGCAAAGGCCAAGGACGGCAGCAAGCAGGUUAUCUCCCAGUUCUACCACAGCCCUGCAGACAACAGGAGGUAUCUUUUUGUCGACUCCACCAACAACUACCUGUGGAACACCUUCGACUUCUGUAAGAGCGUCCAGGGCUUUUCCAUCCCCUUUAAACCCACAGACCUGUUGCUCCACAGCAGAAGAUCCAACCUGGUGCUCGGCUACGACAGCUCUCACCCAAACAAGCAGCUGUGGAAAUCAGACGACUUUGGGGAGACAUGGGUGUUGAUCCAAGAGCACGUGAAGACCUACUUUUGGGGUGUGGAGCCCUACGACCCCCCCACCACAGUGCUGGUCCAGAGACACGAGCCCCAGGGCGUCUCCACUAUACUCAGCAGCACCGACUUCUUCCAGAGCGAACAGAACCGCAGAGUGAUCCUGGAGCAGGUGGACAGCUUCCAGCUAAGAGACAAGUACAUGUUCGCCACCACUACCAGGAAACUGUUUGGCAGCCACGAACCUUCAUCUGUUCAGCUCUGGGUCUCCUACAACCGCCAGCCAAUGAAAGCUGCCCAGUUUAUGACCCGCCAUCCAAUCACAGAGUACUACAUAGCAGAUGCAUCAGAGGACCAAGUGUUUGUGUGUGUGAACCACCUAAACAACGUCACACACCUGUACAUCUCAGACACGCAGGGCCUGUCCUUCUCUCUGUCGCUGGAGAACGUUCUGUAUUACAGUCCUGAGGGCUCUGGCAGCAACACCCUCAUCAGAUACUUUGCCAACGAGCCUUUCGCAGACCUGCACCGCGUGGAGGGGCUGCGAGGCGUCUUCAUCGCCACGCUCAUCAACGGCUCCGUCAGCGAAGACAACAUGAGGUCCGUCAUCACUUUUGACAAGGGAGGAACGUGGGAGCUGCUUCAGGCGCCAACGGCUGACAGCCUGGGAGGAACUGUGGACUGUCAGCUCAGUAAAGGUUGCUCUCUCCACCUGGCCCAGCGCUGGAGCCAGCUGUUCAACAUCCAACUCAGGAGGAUGCCCAUUUUAUCAAAGGACUCUGCACCAGGACUCAUUAUGGCCACAGGAUCUGUAGGCAGGAGCCUGGCCAACAAACCCAAUGUGUAUGUAUCCAGCAGUGCGGGAGCCCGUUGGAGAGAGGCAUUGGCAGGCCCUCAUUUCUACACAUGGGGUGACCACGGUGGUAUCUUGAUGGCUAUAGCACAAGGAGGCGCAACCACACAUCUCAAGUUCAGCACCAAUGAAGGCGAGACAUGGACCGACUUUCAGUUCUCAGAGAGGGAGGUGUAUGUUUACCAGCUGCUGACCGAGCCUGGGGAGAAGAGCACCAUCUUCACCAUCUUUGGCUCAUAUGCCGACCAGAGACACAGCUGGCUCAUCCUGCAGGUCAACACCUCCGAUGUUCUAGGCGUGCCUUGUUCUGAGGCUGACUACAAGCGCUGGUCUCCAUCAGAUGAACAUGGAAAUGAGUGUCUGUUGGGCAGAGAGAUAACGUUUAAGAGACAAACUCCUCACGCGACAUGUUUCAACGGAGAGGACUUUGACAGGCCAGUGACCAUCUCUAACUGCUCCUGUACACGCCAGGACUAUGAAUGCGACUAUGGCUUCAAGCUGAGUGAAGACUUGGCUUUGCAGGUGUGUGUGCCUGACCCAGAGUUCUUAGGUGACCUGUACGCCCCACCAGUACCGUGUCCUGUGGGCACUACCUACCGCCGCAGCAAAGGAUACAGGAAGGUACCAGGGGACAGCUGCAGUGGAGGAGAUGUGGAGUCCAGACUGGACGGAGAGGUCCUGCCUUGUCCUGUUGGAGAGAGUAACGAGUUCAUCCUGUACGCUGUGAGGAGCUCCAUCCAUCGUUACGACCUGGCCACCGGCACCGACCAAGCCCUGCCUCUGGCCGGCCUCAGGCAGGCUGUGGCUCUGGACUUUGACUUUGACAGGAACUGCCUGUACUGGGCUGACAUCUCUCUAGACACAAUACAGCGGCUGUGUCUGAACGGCAGCACAGGUCAGGAGGUCGUAGUUAGGAAAGACCUGCAGAACGUGGAGGCUCUGACCUUUGACCCCAUCAGUAGACUGCUCUACUGGGUUGAUGCUGGAGCACAAAAGAUUGAGGUUUCUAACCCUGACGGAGAUCUGCGUCACACCCUGCUCAACAACUCUAUCCUGGAACAUCCCCGAGCCCUCGUCCUGCUGCCAGAAGAGAGUCUGAUGUUCUGGACUGACUGGGGAGACAGAGCGGCUGGAGUUUACCGCAGCUACAUGGACGGGACCAACGUGUCCUGCAUCGUGUCGGAGGGCGUGCGCUGGCCCAACGGGAUCACGGCUGACGACCACUGGCUGUACUGGACCGAAGCCUACAGUGACCGCAUCGAGAGGGCCGACUUCACCGGGGGCCAGCGCAGCGUCCUCAUGGAGGGACUGCCCCACCCGUACGCCAUCGCCGUCUUCAAGAACGACCUGUACUGGGAUGACUGGUCCAGAAUGGGGAUCUUCAAAGCUCCAAAAGCUGGUUCCCAGAAUAACGAGCUGAUAGUCGGCAGGCUGUCUGGAGUCAUGGAUCUCAAGAUCUUCUACAAAGGGAAGAACAGAGGCCACAACGCCUGUGCCGACCAGCCGUGCAGCCUGCUGUGUCUGCCUCAGCCUGGACACCGACACACCUGUGUUUGCCCAGACGGAGCCCCGACUAUAACCAAGCCCAACGGAGAGCUGCAGUGCCAGUGUCCCAGCGGAUACCAGCUCCAAAACAACACCUGCGUCAAGACUGAGCACAGCUGUUUGCCGAAUCAGUACCGCUGCUCCAACGGCCGCUGUAUAAGCAGCAUCUGGAAGUGUGACAGCGACAACGACUGUGGAGACAUGAGCGAUGAACAGGAGUGUCCCACGACCACCUGCGACCCGUCCAACCAGUUCCGCUGCGUGGCCUCAGGUUCCUGCAUCCCGCUGGCCUUCAAAUGUGACCAUGAAGACGACUGUGGAGACAACAGUGAUGAGGAGCACUGUGAGUCUCACCAGUGCGGUCCCGGAGAGUUUACGUGCGCUCGAGGCGUUUGUAUCCGUGAGGCGUGGCGCUGCGACGGAGACAACGACUGCAGGGAUUGGUCGGACGAAGCCAACUGCACAGUGGGCCACCAUACAUGUGAACCCAGCAGUUUCCAGUGUCACACAGGUCACUGCAUACCACAGCGCUGGAUGUGCGACGGCGAUGACGACUGCCAGGACGACUCAGACGAAGACCCUCGAUAUUGCGAAGGAACUCAAUGUAAAGGCUUCCUCUGCUCCAAUGACACCUGUCUGUCAGCCACCGCUCACUGUAACGGCAUCAAGGACUGUCCAGACGGCGCUGACGAGCACAACUGUGACCCCCUGUGUACUCGCUACAUGGAGUUUGUAUGCAAGAACCGAGCCCAGUGUCUGUUCCAGUCCCUGGUCUGUGAUGGGAUCAAACACUGUGAGGACGGUUCGGACGAGGACACAGAGUACGCUGGAUGUGCCUCGCCGUCUGAAUUUGGCAAAGUGUGCGACGCCUAUACCUUCCAGUGUGCCAACGGAGUGUGUGUGAGCCUGGAGUGGAAGUGUGACGGCAUGGACGACUGCGGGGAUUACUCCGAUGAAGCCAACUGUGCCGCUCCCACUGAAGGACCGAGCUGCUCCAGGUAUUUCCAGUUCGAGUGUAAAAACGGACGUUGCAUUCCAACGUGGUGGAAGUGUGACGGUGAGAACGACUGCAGGGAUUGGUCCGAUGAGGCUCAGUGCACAGGUGGUAUUACUCCUCACACUGUUGCUCCUGGUCCCUCUACCUGCGCCCCCAACCGCUUCCACUGUGGCUCUGGAGCCUGUAUCAUUAACACCUGGGUGUGUGAUGGCUACGCUGACUGUCCCGACGGCAGCGAUGAGCUGGGAUGUCCCACAGUAAAUGGCUCAGCGACACUGGCUCCAGUGCCCACCCAGGCCCCGCCUCUUCCUCCCUCUCCAGGCCGCUGCAGUCGGGGUCAAUUCCUGUGCCGCCGACCCCCCCACUGCAUCCCCGACUGGCAGCGCUGCGACGGCCAGCAGCACUGCCAGGACGGCUCUGAUGAAGCCCACUGCCCCACCCGUGGGCCUCUGUCCUGCGUGAACGGGACUCGCUGUACUGACGGUGAGGCCUGCGUGUUGGACAGCGAGAGGUGCGACGGCUUCCUGGACUGCUCCGACCACAGCGACGAGGACGAGUGCACCCUGGACACCCUUGCCUAUAAAGUGCAGAACCUCCAGUGGUCACCAGACUUCUCGGGUGCUGUCACUCUAACGUGGUCCCGUCCCAAAAACCUUCCACAGGACUCCUGCUACUUCCUCAUCUACUACAGGCUGGUGGGCACACAGCAGUGGACCAUCAUGGACACUCACAGCAAUAAGACCAGCUACAAACUCACUGUGCUGAAACCAGACACCACCUAUCACGUCAAAGUGCUCACCCAGUGUCUGAGCAAGCUGCACAAAACUAAUGAGGUGAUCACAGUCAGGACACCAGAGGGAUUACCUGACCCCCCCAGGAACCUGCAGCUGUCUUGUGAUAACGGCGAGGACGGGACGGUGGAGGUUUCCUGGAGUCCUCCCGACAAAGGACAUGGCCUCAUCAGAGAGUACAUUGUUGAGUACAGUGAGAAAGGAGGAGAUGUGGAUUGGACGUCACAGAGAAGCCCCACAACCAGCGCUGAGGUGAAGAGGCUGCAGCCAGAGACUCUGUACAGGUUCAGGGUGGCAGCAGUGACCAGUCGAGGUGUGGGCAACUGGACUGAAGUUAAAUCCAUCACCCCUCAGAAAGCUCUGCCUCCUCCCUCCGUGAUCGCCGACAGCAUCACCCAAAACUCCAUGAGCCUCUCAUUCAGCUUCAACUCCCACUACGAGGUGAAACAGUACAUCGUGAUUCUGUCCUGGCAGUUUGACACCCAUGUGAAGGAGAGCAAGAACUACACAGUCAGCAAGAAGGUCCUCAAAGCCGUGAACCUGACAGCAGGGACGGUGUACGAGGUGGCAGUGUGGGCUCACACCAUGAUAGGGGACAGUCCCACAGCCCUGUCACAUCAUCAGACCAUCGGCGUUCAGCCAGACCGGCCCUCCCUCAAAACCCGGGCCCUCAACCAGACUGUUGUGGACUGCGCCUGGACCAUCACCGGGACCGCUGCUCAGACAUAUGGUGUAUUUUAUGCCACCUCCUUCCUGGAUCUGUACCGCUGUCCUCGUGUGGUCCACACCACUUCUCUCACUCUGACCAUCACUGUGGACAGUGAUGAACAGUAUCUCUUCCUGGUGCGAGCUGUGGCUCCCUUCCUGGGUCCCCCCUCUGACUACACUGUGGUGAAAAUGAUUCCUAAUGAGAGGCUGCCACCCAGAAACCUCCACCGUGUGAGAAUAGACAAGACACAGGCCACGCUCAAGUGGCAGCCGCCAUACGACGCCCCAAGCUCACCUCUGACAUAUGCCAUCCACGUGCGGGACGUGAUCCGUAAGGUGGAGUUAGACUACAAGCUGACCACCCAGAACAACACGGUGGAGUACCUGCUGAAAGGCCUGGAGCCAGGAGGACGCUACAGCAUCUCUGUCCGCCUGCGCAACAUGAGCAAAGAGGCCAGCUUCACUCUGAGCACAGUUCCUCUUCCGGCUCCUGAGGCCUUGAAGAUUUUGACAGAGAACGACCACGUGUUCCUGUUCUGGAAGAGUCUGGCUGUCAGAGAGAAAGGUUUCAAUGAGAGCAGGGGGUAUGAAGUCCACGUGUAUGACAGUGUGACCAAUCACACGGCUUACCUGGGAAACACCACAGAGACCUACUUCCGCAUCAGCAGCCUGCUGCUGGGACACAACUACACUUUCUCUGUGCAGGCCCGCUGCCUGCUCAACAGCCAGCUGUGUGGGGAGCCCGCCCUGCUGCUCUAUAACCAGCUGACAGCAGGAGCCAGCGAUGCCUCCCGCAGCGAGGGACACUCGGGUGAUAUGGCAGCGGUGGUGGUCCCGGUCCUCUUCCUGCUGCUGCUCGGAGUGUGCGGGGGCUUGGUGGCGCUCUACCUCCGACACCGCCGACUGCAGAACAAUUUCACAGCCUUCGCCAACUCCCAUUACAACUCACGCCUGGGCUCUGCCAUCUUCUCCUCUGGGGAUGAACUGGGUGAUGAUGAUGAAGAUGCUCCCAUGAUCAGCGGCUUCUCAGACGACGUUCCCAUGGUCAUUGCGUAGCAAGAUGUCCCUCCAUUACCUAUCUCUCUCUUCCUCCCCCCCCUCCUUUCUCUUCCUCCCCACCACUCCCCUUUACUUCCCAUCAACGGCGCGGUACGACGGAGUGAAGAGCAAACAGGCAGAAACUUUGCCGUCAUCCCAAAUCAAUGGAAGGGAAACCACCAAGUUAGCAGGAAAGAUGAAGAAA